AUGACUGGGAUGGUAACGUCAUCCUAUGUCGACUCGUUAUCCGAAAAUGCAAAAGAACUCUUGACUGUGAAUAUGGAGUGGACGAAUACGUACUACGAUAGAAGCGCUGGGUAUCUUUAUGACUUCAGUGGUGCUGGGGCUCUUGGGCAUGAGAAUAGAAGUUCUGCCCGGUAUGCAUUUGGCCUCCUGGCCCGUAACAACGGCAAGGACGUUACAGAAGCUAAGAAGAUCAUCGAAUGUAUUAUUCACGGGCAGUAUUAA